CAAAAUGUCAGCCUCCAUACGCAAAAGGAUACGAAGAGAAAAUCCAGACGAUUCAGAAGAUGAAUGGACAAACGAAUCUUUUAAUUCAAGCCAGAAAUGUAUAGCUCAUGACACGAAUGAAUGGACUGAUACUACUCUUCGUGAACUUAACAUAAGUUGGGACCAAACCAUAAUAAACAGUCCUAAUGAGUUACUAGAUUUAGUGAAUGUUCCUCCCUUGUCGGAGGAAUUGGAAAAUACUUCUACGUAUAUUGAGAAGAAACUUGAUUUCGACAUGACAUUUGAUGAUAUUGAUCUUGACUUCAAAGAUGUGUAUGAUAAAUUCUCAGACUUACAACAACUUCUGCGAAAUUCUUCUGGAGAAACACCAAGGUCAUUUGAACAGGUUAGAACAUAUGGAAUUGAAUUUCUAGCAGCCUUAAAGAAACUUGUCGUCAGUAGGGCCUAUGCCCUGAAUAGUUAUAAAGCAUCCUUCCUGACCAUUUUAGAGUCCUUCUGCAAGAUGUGUCAGUUAUUUGGAAGUAACGUUUAUAUGAAAAGAAGAUGUAAGAUUCAUGGACAGGAGGUGAAUUCCAAGCCUGACCUCGUUUUUGAGAUUGACAAUUCACCAUUUGAGACAGCACACAAAUUAGAGAAUUUUAGUGGGGCAUCUACAUUAUGUGUGGCAGAGGUUAAAAAACACAAUCAUUCCAAAGUUCAUAAAAAAAGAAGAGAAACCAGAUAUUCAGAAGCUUCAAGUGACAAUUCAGAAGUGAACAAAGACUUACUGGAAACCGACGCAAUAACAAAAGAACCAUUAAUACUGCCAUAUGAAAUCAAUGGUUCAGCUCAACAUGCAGGACAACUGUUACUGGAAACUAAACAUUCAUUGUUUUUAUUUUCCAAGGCCAGUAUUGGAAUAAUGUUUACAGAAACAAAGAUGAUGAUGACUUGCCUGAAACUCAGCCGUAACUUCCUCCUUCACAUGGAGAAAGGAUUAAAUGAAACAGACAAUGGUAUUAUAUAUUAUACAAAGAUGUAUGACAUUCUUAAAACUGAGGAUAGAAGAGAACUCAUUACUGCUUUAUUAAGACUAAGCUGUUGUGCAGAUGCUGUAAAGAUAACAAAGACAUCAACAUUUUCUCAAGAAUAGUUCUGGUAUAAAAAUGUUAUACCUUUUCCUUUAAUUUGUAAAAUUCUUUGUUUAAUACUUGGAAAAUAAAAACCACAAAAGGGUCAUUAAUUUGAUAAAAGAAAGGAAGUACUAUUUAUAUCUGUAUGUGAGUUGUGUCUGGUAGAAGUCGACCUUAAGCAAAUGAUUAUCAGUACAUUUGUUUACUUUUUAAGUGGACAAAAAUCUUUAUGCAAAGUUUGUAACUGUUUGAAAAUUGAAACAAUAUACAGGAUAUAAGAACUUUAUACAAAACAUGCCAACAGUCAUCUUUCAUUUUGUAUAUAAAUGUAAAUGUAUACAUGAACUUGAAUAAGGUUGUUUUCUAUCCUACGCAGCUCAUACAUGUCAUAUGAAGAAAAUCUAAUUUUUAAAAACC